AUGGUGCAGGACCCGGGCACCAGGCUGGUGGCCGAGCUGCUGCUGGGAGCGGGGGAGGCCGGCGCCAUCCUGUGCCUCUGCUCCCGUGCUUUCGUCGAAGAUCGAAAAUUAUAUAAACUGGGAUUGAAAGGAUUUUAUGUCAAAGAUGACAAUGACAGUACAGGGGAAGAACAAGCAUCUGAGGAGGAGAACCAUUGUUCCAAUGUGAGAUUAAAGGUGGAUACUAAUCAUGCCCUGGACUUGGAGGAAGUUGAACUAGACUCGGAAGCUGAGCUUAUGAAGAGCAUGGGAUUGCCUCUUCAGUUCGGUGGGCAGUCAGCCUACAGGGACUUUGUGGCAACAGAAAAUUACAGAAAAAAAAAUAACGUGAAGAUUAUGAAAAAGAAAAAGAAGAAGAAAAAAGAGUUACAGCAAAAACACGAGGAUAAAAUGGAGCAGGAAUGCCAGGACAAAGCUUGUGGUGGUUGUAUCCAAUCUGUUUCUGGUGAGAUGGCCCUAGCUACAGAGCAGUGUGACAUGAGCAGCAGACCUCAGGCUGUAAUUGAAGAGAACUGUGAAAGCUCAGAAAGCCUUGCAAGUGAGGCUUUACCCAGUGAACUUAAGGAAAAAUGGGAGAAGUACUGGGGUGAGUACGGACAGGGCCUUCUUUGGCAAAGUUGGUUGGAAAAGCACCAGGAGGUCUCAUCGUCUGAGGGCAUCACAGCCUCUGAACCUUGGAAUAAUCCAGGUACUAAGGAAGAAUGGGAGCAGCAUUAUAAUGAAUUGUACUGGUAUUAUUUGGAACAGUUUCAGUACUGGACAAGUCAAGGAUGGACGACUGAGAGCUCACAUGAUGACAAGGUGGAAGUUAAUGGGGUUGCACAGGAGACUCAGCUUUCAGGAGAAAUGGGCUUGGUUACCCCAGAACCUGAGCAUGGUGAAGUGCUGAGCUUGGAGCUGUCUCCCUCCAACACCAGAAGUGAGAAGACACUCCCUUCAAGUGCUGAGCCCCACAGUGAAAUAAUCUCUGGGAUUUGUAAUUUAAAUCUGAAUUUGGAGGAAGUGGAGCAGAGCAGUGCUGCUCUAACAGUAGCCCACAAAGAUCCUGAAGAGCAGAGUUCAUCUGACAGUGGGAGUCAGAAGGAACCCUGUGAUGGAGGAAGCAGGAAAAGGAGAGCAUCUUGUGAAAAUAACAGUGUUAACCAGUCAGGUAAUACAAAAUCAGGUAAUUCAUGUAGCUUGAAUUCAAAUGAAAAAAAGCAGUUGUUGCUUCAUGAGCAAGAUGAAGAUGAGGAUGAAGAGCCUCCUGAGUACAGGCAUUUUAAAGUCAAGAGAAGCCAUGAGCUGGAUGCGGAUGAGAGCCCAGUGGAAGAUCCUGAGGAAACCUGCUCUGUGUUGGGUUUCAAGUGUGGCACAGGACAAAAGUAUGGUGGAAUUCCAGAUUUCACCCACCGAAGUGUGCAGUACUUGGAGAAAAAAGCAAAACUCAAGUCCAAAUUCUUGGAUAUGCGUAAACCGAGGAAGAGCAAAAACACACACAUCUUCUUUACAGAAGAAUAUGAAAUGACAUGCAAAAAAAGCAAAACUUUGAAGAAGGUGGAAAUGUUCCUGAAGCAGGUUAGUAAACCUGAGGAGGAGGACAUGUCCCAGCCAGCCACCCCUGAGGGUAAAGCAGAGGCAAUGUCUGUGAGCAGCAGCGACUCAGAGGGUCAGGAAGGUGUUACUGCCACACAGAGUGUGACGCUGGAUGCUGAAAUCCAGGAACCACCAUCCUCCAGUGCAGCCUGCACAGAACCUGGGGGGAUUGAGGGGGAGGUGCAGGAUGCUGCAGCAAGUGGCUCCGACGAGCAGGGGGCAGGGAGGCCCGAGCACGGCGGUGGGCGGCAGCUUGUCCCUCUGGAUAUUCCUGAUUAUCUCCAGCCAGAGACAGAGGACAUCAGCCAAGCUGUAGAUGAAAAAAUUACUGCAAAGAGGAAGGAAACAAAAAGAAGAAAGAGGAAUAAAAAUGCACUGAGAACUAUACCUCCUGAGAUUGCUGCUGAUCCAGAGCUCAUCAAGUACUGGGCACAACGCUACCGGCUCUUCUCUCGGUUUGAUGAGGGAAUUAAACUAGACAGAGAGGGUUGGUUUUCUGUUACUCCUGAGAAAAUAGCUGAGCAUAUUGCCCUCCGCGUCAGUCAGUCAUUCAACUGCGACAUCAUAGUGGAUGCGUUCUGUGGGGUUGGAGGAAAUGCUAUUCAGUUUGCAUUGACCUCAAAAAGAGUGAUCGCCAUCGACAUCGAUCCCGAGAAGCUGCGGCUGGCGCGGCACAACGCGGAGGUGUACGGCGUGGCCGAGCGCAUCGACUUCCUGUGCGGGGACUUCACGGCGCUGGCGGCCGGCCUGCGCGCCGACGUGGUGUUCCUCAGCCCACCCUGGGGGGGCCCCGACUACGCCACCGCCGAAAUCUUCGACAUCCACACCAUGAUCUGCCCGGAUGGAUUUGAAAUUUUCAGGCUCUCCAAGAAGAUCACCAACAAUAUUGUGUAUUUUCUGCCUCGGAAUGCUGAUAUUAACCAGGUGGCUUCCUUAGCAGGGCCAGGAGGGAAAGUUGAAAUAGAACAAAAUUUUCUCAAUAACAAACUGAAGACAAUAACAGCUUAUUUUGGUGAUCUAAUAAGGCAUGACAUCUCCUGAACUCCAUGUGGAUUCUUCCAAACCCAGCCUCCCUGACUGCUGCUUUGCUUAAGCUUUUGUACAGCUGGCUGGUCAAAAAUUACUUAAAGCUGUUUUCUGGUUUAAUUUCUGUUUAUAGAAAUUUAUUCUGUUUAUUGCUACUGUCAAUAAAUGCUUUAUAGUAAUUUUGACAAAACUGUAAAUGUACAAAAGCUCUGAAUGUGUGAAAAAAGUCUUUAUAAAAUGCAGGCUUGCAAGGUUUGAGCCGAACCCAUGGAAGUGGGGUUCAGGAUUUCUUUGUAAAUCUCACAUAUACCACUUCUGUGCUUGCUCUGGUUUUGGGGCAUG